CUCUCCUCCUGUGGCUGUCAUUUCUGUUUGGAAUAAGAAAGAAAACGUGGUCCUUUUGGUAAUAAAUCUUUACAAAAUGGGAAAAGUUAAAAAGUUAAAACCCUCACAAGUGGGGAAAAAUGUAUCUCUUGCGGACCAAAUAGAAGCUGUUACUUCACUAAAGACAAAGAAUAGAACAAAAGAGCGUAACAGACAAGUGAAUGAUGAAGAGUUCGUCACAGCAGAUUUGUCAAAGAAGAUUCUUAAAGCUGCUAGAAGACAACAGGCCGAACUAGAUGACGAUGCUGGUUCUUCGUCUUUUAAACAUCUGCAGUUGCCUACAUCCUUUCACGAAGUUGAUUCUGAUGACAACACAACCUCAGACCAUGAUGACCUGGAACCUGACAAUUAUUAUGACAACCUUGAAAUUAAUGCAGAGGACGAAGAAGCAUUAAAAAAGUUUAUGUUGGAUAAACCAGAAAGAACCCGGAACUUAGCAGAUAUCAUAAAAGACAAAAUUACUGAUAAACAAACAGAACUGCAGUCACAGUUUUCAGAUGUUGAAACUUUAAAAUUACAGAAUAUUGACCCUAGGAUUAAAGCAAUGUAUGAAGGUGUGAGAGAUGUUCUACAAAAAUAUCGUUCAGGAAAAUUACCUAAGGCAUUCAAAAUGAUACCACAUCUCCAAAAUUGGGAGCAUAUACUGUACCUCACAGAACCAACAUCAUGGUCUGCAGCAGCUAUGUAUCAGGCAACAAGGAUUUUCGCUUCAAAUCUUAAAGAGAAAAUGGCCCAGAGAUUCUAUAAUUUAGUUCUUUUACCUCGCAUUCGUGAUGAUUUAGCAGAGUACAAAAGACUUAAUUUUCAUUUGUACCAAGCUCUGAGAAAAGCCCUUUUCAAGCCAGGUGCUUUCAUGAAGGGAAUAUUGCUACCGCUACUGGAAGCUGGAGAUUGCACAUUGCGUGAAGCCAUCAUUGUUGGCUCAGUUCUAGCUAGAAAUUCAGUACCUGUUUUACACUCUAGCGCUACAAUGUUAAAGAUAGCUGAAAUGGAUUACACUGGAGCUAAUUCAAUAUUUUUAAGAAUUCUAUUUGACAAAAAAUACGCACUUCCAUAUCGUGUGGUGGAUUCAGUUGUGUUCCACUUUUUAAGGUUUCAGAGGGAUCCAAGAAAUUUGCCUGUAUUGUGGCAUCAAGCACUUUUGACUUUUGUACAACGUUAUAAGGCUGACAUUUCCACAGAACAGAGAGAUGCCUUGCUUGAAUUACUUCGGAAACAAUCUCAUCCUAAUAUCACACCUGAGACAAGAAAAGAGUUACAAGCGGCCAAAUGCAGAGAUAUUGAAGUAAAUGAGUCCAUAACUGCAGCUAUGGUGGUGGAAUAAUAAAUACAUGAAUACUA